GAUUUUCCAACUGUAUAUAAAUCUCAGUAGGUUAUCUAGGGUUUUACUCCCGGUUGUGUGAAGCUUGAAGCUCCCUAGCAGAGUUUGGAGGAGGAGAAGGAUGUCGCACAGGAAGUUUGAGCACCCAAGGCAUGGCUCACUCGGCUUUCUUCCCAGAAAGCGUGCUUCUCGCCAAAGGGGAAAGGUGAAGGCAUUUCCCAAGGAUGAUGCCUCCAAACCAUGCAGGCUGACAGCAUUCUUGGGAUACAAAGCUGGAAUGACUCACAUUGUCAGAGAAGUAGAGAAGCCUGGAUCCAAACUUCACAAGAAGGAGACAUGUGAGGCUGUGACAAUCAUUGAGACACCUCCAAUUGUAGUUGUUGGAGUUGUUGGCUAUGUGAAGACACCUCGUGGCCUUCGUUGCCUCAACACAGUUUGGGCUCAGCAUCUGAGUGAGGAGGUUAGAAGGAGAUUUUACAAGAACUGGUGCAAGUCCAAGAAAAAGGCUUUUACCAAGUAUUCAAAGAAAUUUGAAUCUGAGGAUGGGAAGAAGGAUAUUGAAGCACAGCUUGAGAAGAUGAAGAAAUAUGCAUGUGUCAUUCGUGUGUUGGUUCACACCCAGAUAAGGAAAAUGAAGGGGCUGAAGCAGAAGAAAGCUCAUUUGAUGGAGAUCCAGGUUAACGGAGGUACAAUUGCACAGAAGGUUGACUAUGCAUAUGGUUUCUUUGAGAAGCAUGUGCCAGUCGAUGCUGUUUUCCAGAAGGAUGAGAUGAUUGAUAUCAUUGGUGUCACCAAGGGUAAGGGUUAUGAAGGUGUUGUGACUCGAUGGGGUGUCACUCGUCUUCCACGUAAAACUCAUAGAGGUCUUCGUAAAGUUGCUUGUAUUGGUGCCUGGCAUCCAGCUAGAGUUUCAUUCACAGUUGCUCGUGCUGGUCAAAAUGGAUACCAUCACCGAACUGAGAUGAACAAGAAGAUUUAUAAGCUUGGCAAGGCGGGACAAGAGUCGCAUGCAGCCUUAACUGAGUUUGACAGGACUGAGAAAGACAUCACUCCCAUGGGUGGUUUUCCUCACUAUGGUGUGGUGAAGGACGACUACAUCUUGAUCAAGGGAUGCUGUGUUGGCCCUAAGAAAAGAGUGGUUACCCUUCGUCAAACUCUGCUCAACCAGACCUCUCGGGUUGCUCUUGAGGAGAUUAAGCUCAAGUUCAUUGACACUUCAUCAAAGUUUGGACAUGGUCGCUUCCAGACAACACAGGAGAAGCAGAAAGUCUAUGGUCGUCUCAAGGCUUAAGUAUUCCCUUCGGUUUGGUAGUGUUACAAUUGUCAGUUGUUUUCUAGACAUUCCUAAGUGUUUCAUUUACUGGAUUUUGUCGAAAUUUUGAUGCCUGCCUUAGGAAUUUAUCUUUUAUUGAUUCUUAGAGGAUAUUUGUUUUCAUUGCAAUACUAAUACAAGUUUGAUUACAACGUUAUGAUCUUUUGUUACAA